AUGUUUUCGUUUCAUGCUUUUCGGAAUUGGAUUCAUCAGACUGUUCUAUUCAAAUUCCUUCUCUCGUGGUAUCAUUUCAUUUUCACUACAAAUCAUGAUUCGAUACUCCCAAAUGAAAUCAUAACAAACAUUCUCUUAAGGCUGCCCACAAAGUCUCUCUUGAUAUGUAUGUGUGUGUCAAAAUCAUGGCAUCAACUCAUAUCUAGCCCCGAUUUUGUGAACAUCCACCUCAAAUUAAACAAACAACAUAAAGUUCUAAUUCCAGGCUACUUUGCAAAUAUCAGGUUUUGUUCGCUCCCUCCUCUGUUUAACAAACAACUCACUCAAGAGCUAUAUCACAUGGAUCCUCCUUGUUCACCGCCUUUCUUUGUGGGUUCUGUCAAUGGGUUGAUUUGUCUUUUCAAUCGCAGAGGGGAUACAUAUAUAUGGAACCCCAUCAUUAGGAAGUCUAAGAAAUUGCUUAAGUCGUCGUGGGGUACCUCUCGCUAUACCAAAUAUGGUUUUGGAUACGAUGACAAAUGUAACGAUUAUAAAGCCCUAUUUAUUGAUCAUUGUGGUAAUUCAUGCAAUGAUGAGUUGUCCAACUUGAGGGUUGUUGUCAAUAUUUAUAGCUCGAGGACUGAUUCUUGGACAACACUCCAUGACCAGCUUCAGGGAAUCUUUGUAUUAAAUCGUUUAGGUAAAUUUAUCAAUGGGAAGAUUUAUUGGGCUACAUCUACGGGUAUUCAUGAUUUCAAUGUGCGCAACAUCAUUUAUUUUGAUGUAGCAAGCGAUACAUGGGGAAGCUUGGAGCUUCCCAUUUGUGGAGAAGAAGUUUUUAAUAUAAAAUUGGGAGUUGUCGAUAGUGAACUUUCUGUGCUCUAUACUUGUAAGGCAGGUACGACUUCUGAUGUAUGGAUUUUAAAAAAUCGCAGAGUUAAUGUAUCAUGGAUGAAACGGUUCACCAUAGAAUAUCCUCAAUAUGCUAUAUUGUAUGGGUUUGAUUCACCCAUAUUCACAUUUUCUAUAUACCUCAACCUGUCAGAUAACGAUGACAUUUUACUCUUGAUUCCCGGAAAGAUCAUGAUAUUUGAUGGUUCAACUAAAAAAUUCAAGCACGCUACUAUUGUUAAGGAAUGCAAUACUGCAGAAAUCUAUGGGGAAAGCAUGGUUAAUCCCCUAACAUUGUAA